AUGGAGCAUGCAGCGCCGGAACCGUACCGCGCCAACCGAGCCUGGCUCAACGCCGUGACCAAGACGGCGACAGGCAGCGAAGUCCCGCCCGAGGCGCCGGGACGGGACGUAGUGCCCCCGCUCGCGACGCGGCCGGCGCCGGCCGCGCCCGUCCGAAUCACGGCUGGUGACACCCAGCGCCGCCCUGCAGAAAGCGCGGUUGACGUCAACUCGUACGAGUGGAAGCUGCGCGCGUACAAGAUCGCGGUCAAGCGCAACAUUCCGCUCGUCUCGCGCUGCAGCUUUGUCCAGCAGGGGGCGUGCCACCUCUGCAACGGGACAGCCAUCACGAUGGUGGUCAAUUUGUGUCCUCAGUUUGACUACUCGCACUCGAUCUGCUUGCGGCACCUGGACUCGGUUCUGAACGCGACGAUGAACGAUCUCCUCUGCGGAAAGGUCUUUCCGUGCCCGAUCUGCGCCCACGAAUGCCCCUGCGGCCUCUGCGAGCGCCUCAUCGCCAAGGACUUUGAGUGCUACGAAGGCUGGGAGCAGUCGAGCGAAGCCAAGCGCGACGCCCGCACGCCACCGCCGGCUCUGAUGGCGAUCCCGUCGGCCGCGGCCCUUCCAGCCUCCGCAGCACCGCUCGCGACAGUGCGCACGCUCAACGCGCAGCACAUUAUUCGUCCACCGGAUGCCUACCCGCGACCGGCGGCAGCGCCCAAGAUGGCGGCCAAGUCGACGGGUCGCAUGGCACUCCCGCCGCAGCCGCCUAUGGUGGACGUGGCCGACGCCAAGGAGCCCGCGAGCUACAUGGCACCACCCAAGGUCGCGGCGAAGAGUCUUCCGCGCGUCUCGUCCAAGCAGCAAGUCCUCGAGGCCAAGACGCCGUCCUACCUCGAGUCGGACGCGAUGCUCCGCGCCGACAGCAAGGACACGGGGCAUGCACCCCGGCAGCUCAAAACAGCAGCGAAAAGUCUCAUGGCCGCCGCACAGCACAAGGCACCCGCGUUCGCAGCGCCUCUGGCCCCGACCCCGACCCCGACCCCGGCCCCGAUCCCGCCGAUCCGCCAUGCGCCGAGCGAAGACGACGACGCGACCGAGGCGUCGGGUGACGAAAGCGCGUCGACGUCAAGCGGCUCGGACGACGACGAGCCGCGGCUCAAGCCUGUCCGCUUUCACGCGCGCACCGAGUUUGGUGCGGAGAGCAAAGGCACGUUUGGCCCGGUCGCGGCGGCUGCCGACGUCAAGUCGACGAGUACUGUCUCGGAGCACGGGUCGGCGACGCCUCGUUCGCCAGCGAUGUCACCCGACGACAAGCCCGAGGCCAAAGAGGUCGCUGCGAGCCCGUCGGUGGAACCCAGCGCGGUCGUUGCAGAGAUGCGAGCAAUGGACGACGACGACGACGACGACAAUGACGUACCGCUGCCGUCGCCCAACGUGUCGUCGGCCGCAGACGACGCGUCGAUCGACGAAAACGUCAGCGCCAUGGUGACGGACGAAGCCACAGAUCUUCUCAACAUGCCAUUGGACAACGAGUUGGACAAGAGUGACAGUGCUGCGUCACCACUGCCGCAGGACCAGCAUGCUGAGACGACAUCAGAAAACACGGUGCCUAGCGCCGCCGACGCAGCUGCGAUGGAGACCGAGGACAGCGCAGAGGACGAUGCGGACAAGGUCGCCGUGGAUGCUAUGGGUGCAGCGGCUACCCCGAGCGCAAUGUCAGUGGAGGCGACACCGCCGGUGGUCGUUGCGCCAGCUAUUCACGAGGACCCGUCUGCCGCACCCGAGCAAGCGCUUCAAGCAUCGUCGCCAGAAAAGCCCAAGCAAACGACGGCUGUAGCCGCAACCCCCGCGCCGGCGUCUCCGGCUAUCUCGUCCCCCACACCAAUGUCGGCUGCCACGGUCGGGUUCCCUACACUACUGCCCAAGCAAGCGUCUCCGGCAGCCAAAGCCGUCUCUGCUACAGUGACGCCACCAACGCAAGUGACGCCGGCAGCCCCAACACUGACAACCGAGCCGCCGUCGCUGGCUGCUGCAGUGACGCCGCUAACACAAGUGACGCAGACGGACACGGUUGCGUCCCCUGCACUAGUGCCGACGCAUCCGUCCUUGGUGGCCACGACCGAGGUGCUUACACCGACGCCGCGCCAGGAAGGAAUGCCGGCGCCGACGCGCUCUGUCGCGCCAAUAUUCAGCACGUCGGUCUCCUCGUCGGACGCGAAGGCAAAAAUGCUAUUUUCCACAUCGACCGUCGAGCUGGCAGCACUCAAACCGCAAGCAAAACCCACCAAGAGCCCUGCGCCGGUGCAGCCGACGGUAGUUGCCGCGUCGACCGACCACGAGCCUAGCAUCAAGACGCGCGCGCAGCGUCAGGUGGCACCGCCACCGGUCAAGCAGACACGCUCGGCCGCCGCCGCUCGUGACGCCCCCGCCGCAAAGCGCGCAAAGACGGAAGAGACCGCGAAGCGUCCGUCGAUCGACUCGAACUCGGCGCCGGCCAAGCGCGCGCGCGGUGCCGAGCCCAAGGCGCCAUUGACGCUUGAAAGCGACAGCGAUGAUGAGAGCAUGGACGACGACGACGACGACGACGAGCUGGACGCCAACCUCGACUACUGCAGCAUCUGCAAGGAAGAUGGCGACCUGGUGUGUUGCGACAAAUGCCCACGGUCAUUCCACCUCUUGUGCUUGAAAAUGGGCGACGACGACCUUCCGGAAGGCGACUGGGAGUGCCCCGAGUGCACGGGCCACCAGGACGACAAGCAUUUCGACGCUGUUUUUAAAGGCCGCGACGCCAGAAAAAAGAGCAAGGCGAUGGAGCUCGUGCUCAAGGCGCUGACAACGCACCAGUUUGCCAAGCCGUUUAUGACGCCGGUCCAAGGCAUCAAGGGCUACGACAAGAUUGUCAAGAAGCGCAUGGACCUCGCGACCGUCCAGCGGCGCCUCGCGGACGGCGACUACGACAAGAGCGUCGGGUUUGACAAGGCCUUCCUCGACGACAUUGCCCUCAUCUGGGACAACUGCUUGGCGUUCAACGAGCUCGGGUCGGGGCUCUACCGCGCGGCCGUCGACCUGCGCGACCGCGUCGCCGCCCUCAUUGCGAAAUUCCGAGCCGUCCACAGCAGCUAA